CAGUGAGUCUAUAAGAGAGCAGGAAAGACGGAAAGCCUCAUUCCACAGACAGACAGAGAGAGAGAGAGACACUCCACUCACAGACCACAAACAAAGGGAAACACAGACAUGAACGUGGCUCCUCCUGCAGGAAGUGCUCUGGCCACACCUGCCAGCACUGCCGGACCCACCACACCCAAAAAAGGGCCACCCAAAUUCAAGCAAAGACAGACACGCACCUUCAAGAGCAAAGCCCCCAAGCCUGGGCAGAAAGGGUUUGGUGAUGAUAUUCCUGGUAUGGAGGGUCUCGGCACAGAUAUCACUGUGGUGUGCCCAUGGGAAGCGUUUGGAGACAUGGAGCUCAGCGAUCUAGCCAAAUAUGGCAUUAUCUAAGCCCCACCUCCUUCAGCCCCACCCCCUCAUCCCUUGGCCCUACCAAUUUUGCUCAAUGUUGUCGUGAGGUUAUGAUGUAUGAUGGUAACGGACUGAUUCAACGAAUGAAUACUUCAUCCAUCAUUAUUGAGAUGAUUGUUAUUGUUAUUAUUAUUAUUAUAUCAUAUUUUAUAUUUUGUUUAUGCUGCAUUAAAGACGAGAACUUAUCCCCUCCCACUCCCUAGCUGUCAAUCAACAUCCUAAAAAGGUAGUCAUCAGGGUUAAGCCCCUAGCUGCGACCUGUUUCCUGUAGCAGCAAUGACUGAUGACAUCACUUGCUCUGUCUUGUAGAGCCUGUCCCUUAAGCACAUUUAUAUUAUUAAAUGUGUCAUAUUUUAUAAAUGUAGUAGAAAACCAAUUAAAGUUUCUAUUUUCACUAA